AUGGUCAAAGUUACGCGUAAAAUAAAUCAAGGAGCAACCUUGCGACAAGCAACACGUCUAAAUAUUAGCAAGAAAGUUUUUGGAAACAUUUUGAGCUUACCAAAUCUUCAUAUUCUUCGCCAUUUACCUGAAAUUGCGAUCAAUUUUGGAACAUUAAUUAAUACAAAUAAGAGAGUAAUUUUACAUACUAAUAAAAAAGACAUUUCAAUGGAUCUUUCAAGACGGGACAAUACUCUUCAAACUGUGAGAUAUCUAUUGGAUGGUGGUUUAGAUUCAAGGUACAAUGAAGUUAAUAAUUUAUUCACUAACAUUGCAUAUGAUACGAAAAUUUCAUCUAAUCAUUCUAAUUUUCAAAAUAUUCAAGUUCGUGGAUUAUGGAAAUCAUCUAAAAUUCAAAAUCAAGGUUUAUCAGCCACUCUUUCAGCCGAAAAUUUAUUGACUGAAUUCACACGAGUUUAUAAGGAAUUAUAUAAUAAUAAUGGUAUUAUUAUUCAGCGUCAUAUUAACUAUUAUGAUUCUAUUCAAUUCAUUGUACGUUCAAAAACUGAUAGCUAUACUAAUAUUAUAUUGCGAGUUGGUGAAGCAAUUGAUGUAGAAGAUAUUGAUAGUCUUGGUGAACGAUCUUAUGCAUUAAUCAGAGCAAUUAUAACUCAUAAAGAUGAUUAUGGACGUAUUAAUCCCUUUCUCCUAGUCAAUUGGUUCUAUAAAAAUGGUAAUGUUGAUCCUGCAACAGGCCUUCCCAUUUACUGCUUGCAAGAAAGUGAUGAUAAUUUAUGGUUUCAUCUUCACCCGUUAAUAAUUGUUGAUCAGCAACCCAGAGUACACUUCGUACACAGAUGUACAGGUCUUUGUUCAGAAGGAUUACAGAUGGUGAUCAAAAGUAUGCGGACAUUUUUUAAAAUAAAAAUUUCAUAUAAAAUAAUAUAA